AUGUUCAGGAUUACCAAUUCUAGUUGCAAAGCAUUCGUGCAAUCGUCAUAUAAGCUCAAUAUAAGAAGAAUGAACUCCUCCUUUAGAACAGAAACCGAUGCAUUCGGUGAGAUCAACGUGCCUGCUGAUAAGUACUGGGGUGCUCAAACUCAAAGAUCCUUCCAAAACUUCAAAAUAGGUGGUGCUCGUGAAAGAAUGCCAUUGCCUUUAGUGCAUGCAUUUGGUGUUUUGAAGAAAUCUGCCGCGAUUGUGAACGAGUCUCUCGGAGGAUUGGAUCCCAAGAUUUCCAAAGCUAUUCAACAGGCUGCCGACGAAGUAGCUUCUGGUAAACUAGAUGAUCAUUUCCCAUUGGUUGUUUUCCAAACAGGUUCCGGCACCCAAUCCAACAUGAAUGCGAAUGAAGUCAUUUCUAAUCGUGCCAUUGAGAUCCUAGGUGGCAAAAUCGGAUCCAAACAAGUCCAUCCAAACAACCACUGUAAUCAGUCUCAAUCAUCCAAUGACACUUUCCCAACCGUCAUGCAUAUUGCUGCCAGUUCACAAAUUCAAAACGAAUUGAUACCUGAAUUGACCAAUUUGAAGAAUGCCCUUGAAGCUAAAUCCAAGGAAUUUGACCAUAUUGUGAAGAUUGGUAGAACACACUUGCAAGAUGCUACGCCUUUGACACUGGGCCAAGAAUUUUCAGGUUACGUGCAACAAGUUGAGAACGGUAUCCAAAGAGUUGCUCAUUCCUUGAAAACAUUGAGUUUCCUGGCUCAAGGUGGUACCGCCGUCGGCACAGGUUUGAAUACCAAGCCCGGAUUCGAUGUCAAGAUAGCUGAGCAAAUCUCUAAAGAAACUGGACUAAAGUUUCAAACUGCCCCUAACAAGUUCGAAGCCUUGGCUGCUCACGAUGCCAUAGUCGAAUGUAGUGGCGCUCUAAAUACUCUUGCUUGUUCUCUUUUCAAAAUAGCGCAAGAUAUUAGAUACUUAGGAUCUGGGCCACGUUGCGGUUACCAUGAACUAAUGUUACCAGAGAAUGAACCAGGCUCCUCUAUUAUGCCUGGUAAAGUUAACCCCACCCAAAACGAGGCAUUGACUCAAGUCUGUGUCCAAGUCAUGGGUAACAACGCAGCUAUCACGUUUGCUGGCUCUCAAGGUCAAUUCGAACUAAAUGUCUUUAAACCGGUAAUGAUCGCCAAUCUAUUGAACUCGAUUAGGCUAAUAACUGAUGCUGCGUAUUCGUUCAGAGUACACUGCGUUGAAGGUAUCAAAGCCAAUGAACCUCGUAUCCAUGAACUUUUGACCAAAUCUUUAAUGUUAGUCACUGCUUUGAACCCUAAGAUCGGUUACGAUGCCGCUUCCAAGGUCGCCAAAAAUGCUCAUAAGAAGGGCAUCACCUUGAAGGAAAGUGCGUUGGAAUUGGGUGUAUUGACUGAAAAGGAAUUUGAUGAAUGGGUUGUCCCUGAAAACAUGCUAGGUCCUAAAUAA